UUAUUCCUCUUUUAACUUUACUAAUUUACUUCACUCUCUCAAGUCUCAAGUCACAACACUAGCAAAUCAAGAGUCUUCCACCAAUCAAUUAGGCCAAAGAGAUCUGAGCUUCCCUCAAAUUGUUGCAAUGGCAGAAGCAGUGGUGUCGACAGCUCUAGAAACCUUGCGCGAUUUGUUGGUGGACGAAGCAAGGUUUUUAUAUGGUGUGGGCGAUGAAGUGAAUGAGCUCGAGAGACAGCUCAAAGAGAUGAAGUGUUUCCUCAAAGAUGCAGAUAGAAGACGACAUGAAAGCGAUACCAUUUUGAAUUGGAUCUCGGAGAUCAAAGAUCUUGUGUUCAGAGCCGAAGCUGCCAUUGAAAGACAUGCAGCUUAUCAAGUGUCUUCAAGGAGAAGACGAGGCCUCAGACAGCUCAUACGCAGAUAUUCUUGUAUUUUGCAAGAAUGCAACUCGCUCCACCAACUAGCCUCCGAGAUUUCACAAAUCAAAUCCCGUCUUGGAAGAAUCACCGAGGACCUGCGAUCCUUUGGAAUAAAGAACAUCAUCGACGGCGGGGAGAGCUCAGCUGCCGGCGACAACAAGAGGAAAACAUUUUCCGAAUUCGAGAUUGGAGAUUGUUUUGUAGGGAUGGAGGAUGAGCUUAAGCAACUUGUUCAUCUCCUAGUGGAAGACAAAAAGCAUCGAGUUAUUUCAGUGUGGGGAAUGGGGGGAUCAGGCAAGACCACCAUUGCCAAAAAGCUCUACAACGAGACCAACACCAGCUUUGAUCUUUCUGCAUGGGUUUGCAUUAGUCAGCAAUGUCUGAGUUUUCAAUCUGUUUGGAAGGAUGUUCUCAAGCAGCUGGAGCCACAAACAAGGAAAGGUGUGAGCGAUGAUGGGCCACAAAUAAGAGAGGACGUUGUUGCAAAUCUGAGCGAGUGGGAGUUGAAGGAGCGGCUAUGUAAGAUACAAAGAGAGAAGCGAUGCCUCAUUGUUGUGGACGAUCUUUGGAAAGUUUCUGAUUGGAAUGGGUUGAAGAAUCCCUUCAUUGUUCAUGGUUUGCAAAGCAAAAUCUUGAUCACCAUGCGUGAACAGGAAAUUGCAGAGAUUGGAUGCCCAGUAAAAGUUGGGCUUCUAAAAGAGGAAGAUGCUUUGGAACUACUCAAGAUGAAAGCCUUUCCAGAUGCCAACAUUCCUGCAGAGUUUGCAUUGGAAAAAAGAACUGAGAAAAUUGCCAAAGAAAUGGUGCAGAAAUGUGGGUAUUUGCCAUUGGCAAUUUCUUUGCUCGGUGGAGUCUUGAGAAUGAAAAAUUCGAUGAUGGAGUGGGAGUUAGUAAAUGAGGAUAUCAAAGAAGCCAUAUAUAGAGAUGAAAGUGAGAUUGAUGGAGUGCUAAAUUUAAGCUAUGAAAGUCUACCCUAUUAUUUGAAGCCUUGCUUUCUCUAUAUACGAAGAUAUAGGUGUUGAGAAUCUAUACAGGAUGUGGAUAGCACAAGGCAUGAUUUCAUAUGAGAAUAUUCGAGGCAAGGACAAAACUUUGACGGAAAUCGCGGAGCUCUACUUGGGUGAGUUGGCCUCCAGGUCCAUCGUCCAACUUCAAAUUAAUCCCUUCGAUGGUGUCACACCUGGGGAAAAAUAUUGGUGGUGCAAACUUCAUGAUGUAGUAAGAGAACUAUGUUUGAAAUUGGGGAAAAGGGAGGAUUUUGGUGUACUGAGUUUGGAGUAUCAAAGUGGGAAACUUAGUACCUUACUGCGGCAAGCUUCCUUUCAUAUGAAAAUACGACAUUUGGCUAUCCACUUCAGAACAAGAGAAGUCGAAGUGGAACCUGACAAGCUUGGAGUAGAUACUAGCAAACAUUUAAGGU